CCGUGACGUCAGCACGUAGGCACGCUCCUGCUGCUAUGCUAACCCGAUGCUAACUUGUAGCCGAGCGGCUGCAGCUUGUGUCCGCUUCUUCUGCUGUUUCCCGCGGGGACACGAACCGCAAUCACCGGUAAACUCGUUCGCUUAACCCGGAGCGUCUGCGCGUCCGUGUCGGGCCCGCGCCAUGGCCCUGCAAGGCCCGGAGGAGCUGGGGGAGCAGGUCGAGGAGCCGGAGGAUCUGGACGACCAGGACGCUAGUAGCAUCUCCCCGGCCGAGGAGAUAACGCUGCCCCCUGGGCCCGGAGGGGACGAGGAGCCGGGGCAGACGCUCCUCCUGCCGUGGGACCGCUUCUCCACCUGGCUGCACUGCAUCUGUGUGGUGGGCUUCGACCUGGAGCUGGGGCAGGCGGUGGAGGUCAUUUAUCCUCAUCAUUCCAAACUGUCUGAGAAAGAGAAAACAAGUAUCUGCUACCUUUCCUUCCCCGACUCAAACUCAGGUUGCCUUGGCGACACCCAGUUCUGCUUCCGCUUCCGUCAGGGCUCAAACCGGAAGUCAUCACUCAGCUGCUUCCUGGAAACCACAGACCGGGACGCACCGCCAUGUCUGAAGAGGGAACAGGGCCACUACUACGGCUACGUGUAUUUCCGUCAGGUGCGGGAUAAAUCUCUGAAGAGGGGAUACUUCCAGAAGUCCCUGGUCCUGAUCAGCAAGCGGCCCUAUGUGACCUUCUUCCACUCGCUGUUAAAGAUCAUGGCUCCAGAAUACUUUGAGAAACAGGAGCCCUGUCUGGAGGCCGCUUGUAAUGACAUAGACCGCUGGCCGACACCCCAUCCCGGACGGAUUCUAACGCUGCCCAUUAUGGGAGUGGUCAUCAAGGUUCGUAUCCCGACAUCUUACGACAAACCAGGAACCUCACAGCUGGUCCAGUCCUCCCAGAGUGACAGUCUGGUGUCCAUCGUGCUCCCAACCAUCCAUGAAGUUGACCUCUUCAGGUGUUUCUACCCGGUCUUCUUCCACAUCCAGAUGCUGUGGGAGUUAGUGUUGUUGGGGGAGGCGCUUGUCGUGAUGGCGCCGUCGCCAGCAGAGUCAUCAGAUACGGUCCUGGCACUGGUCAGCUGCAUCUCUCCCCUGCGCUACUGCAGCGACUUCCGACCGUACUUCACCAUCCACGACAGUGAAUUUAAGGAGUACACCACCCGGACUCAGGCUCCGCCGUCAGUCAUUCUAGGAGUGACCAAUCCUUUUUUUGCUAAAACGCUGCAGCACUGGCCGCACAUCAUCCGCAUCGGAGACAUGAAGCAAGCAGGUGAGAUGGCCAAGCAGAUGAAAGUGAAGAAACUGAAAAACCUCAAAACUCUGGACUCUAAACCUGGUGUGUACACUGCAUACAAGCCAUAUCUCAACAAAGAUGAAGAAAUCAUCAAACAGCUUCAGAAGGGUGUUCAACAAAAGAGACCCUCAGCGGCCCAGAAUGCAAUUCUUCGACGCUACUUCCUAGAACUGACUCAGAGCUUCAUCAUCCCACUGGAGCGGUAUGUGGCAAGUCUCAUGCCUCUCCAGAAGUCCAUCAGUCCCUGGAAGAGUCCUCCUCAGCUCCGACCGUUCAUCCAGCAGGACUUCAUGAAGACACUGGAGAAAGCUGGACCUCAGCUCACAUCCAGACUGAAAGGAGACUGGAUAGGACUCUACAGAAAUUUCCUCAAGUCUCCCAACUUUGACGGCUGGUUCCGCAACAGGAGGAGAGAGAUGACCCAGAAACUGGAGGCUCUGCACCUGGAGGCGCUUUGUGAGGAGGAUCUGCAGGUGAGAGUCCAGAAGCACACAGAGGUGGAGACGGUUGAUCUGGUUCUGAAGCUGAAGGAUAAACUGGGUCAGGCGGAGAGGGAGCAGCUCCCGGUGCGCCCGGGGACCCUGGCCAAGCUGAAGGCCCACAUCGACGCAGUCAUCCUGGCCUUACCUGAGGACCUGCAGGGCAUUCUCCACAAGCCCUCCACUCCCUGACCUUUGACCCUCAGCCUGAAACUCUAACGCCACUUUGAGGGGGGGCAGAAAGUCUCCUCCCUGGUGGCCCCCGGGUAGAGGGGCCCCCGUGCACUCAGACUGAGGAGCCCCUGCUCGGGUUCAACAUGGAAAGCACAUGGAAUUUUUGUUUUACCAAUUUAUACAACUCAAUUCAGUUAUACACCCCCCCCCCCACUACUGUUUUAUUAAGAGGAUUUUUUGUUGUUGUUUUUUAAAUCACAGAAACAUUAAGUGAAGAAAAGAGCGAGUGACACAUUUCUAAUUCAUCGGGUGUUUGCUCUUUUCAAACAUGACGCAUUAACUUAAGUGUAUCUGAGCCGACACAGGAUUUGUCAUCACCGUCAUGGAAGCAGGAAAACGACCCCCCGCUGACCUUUGACCCUCAGUGUUUUUAACCUGUUGACGUUUUUUAUUUUUACUUUUUUAACUUGACGAUGGAGUGCUGCAGGCAGAACUGACUCUGGAGUUUUUCCAUCCAUUUCUAAAAAAAAAUUAUGUUUUUUAAAAGAAGUGCACUUCAUCGCUGACUGGACCAGUGUGCCCUUCACACACACACACACACUGACACUUUUAUGCAAACAAACUGAACCGAGCAGAGCCGAGCAGUGCUUUAUAAUUAAAUUUUACUAAAACGUUAUCCUAACAAACACACAACAUUAGGCACCAGCGACCCUGUAAGAACUGUCAGUACAUGUCUCUCAUCUGAAGUGCUGAUGAGCAAAUCCUCUUCCCUGUAUUCAUGUUGACGCUGUCUGAGAAAGUUUGAUUUGGUUUUGAUUCUAUUUCAUUUCUGACGUUUGUGUCACUGCUGUGUGAAAAAGCUUAUUUUUGUGUGCGGGUUGAAGAAAGUCUUCAGGACGCUGAAAAUCAGUUUCUGCCAAGAAUGAAGGGAAAAAAAUUUAAGCUAAAAAAAAGUCUGAAAAAACUCAAGUUCAAAAUGGCCCAGGUCAAAAUUAUGAAAACUUUGAGGCGGUAACGAACUCUAUAGAGCAUUUAUCAAAACUAUGUGAAGUUAAUUGUGACUAAGACGAAUGAGGUUUAUCAAGAAAAGCGUUUGAGUUUCAGUCUGAUAUCUACUGACAUAAUAUUUCUGUUUUUCUCCACCUCCAAUGUGAUCGUGUCCCAGGACAGACGUUCACACCAGGUCUGAACGGGGUCUGAGUCUCAAUCUGUGUCUGAAAGAAAACUUAACUUAACAUUCGUUCUUUAUUCUCCCUCUGAAUUAAAUACGUUCUGCUGAAGAGUCACUAGAGUUCACCUCUUUCCUGCUCAGGAUAUCUUCCCUUCAGACAUGAGUGUAGUUCUUCCUGAGCAAGGGAACGACACAGAUGCUUUGUCAAACUAAAUCAGAAAAUAUUUAGAUUCCUGUUAAAUAAAUAAACCCAACAAACGUAUUCAGUUCUAAUAAAAACACUAGAAAAUUUAACCCUUCAACUACGUGUGUUUAAUUUACAUUAAUGUAAAACUGUUUUCCAAGUUGAGCUGAAGAUUUUUGGGUUCGGUCAAUUAAGCUUUUUAAUUUUUUCCUUUAUUAACACUAACACAGAGUCUUAGAUAAUCUGGUUAAAUUCUUUUUCCAUUUUGAAGUGAAGGGGCCAAAAUGUGAAUAUUCCCCCUAACAGUACAAAACAAAAGGAUUUAUUCUAUUGACAGCAAUAACGCUUUCACAGGUCAUUUCAUUGAUUCUGGUCUUUGUAUUUCCAGAGUGUAAAUGACUUAAUGGCAGAGUUUAUUUCUCAAAUAGUAGUAAGUGGUUAGUAAGUUGACGUCUGCAUUUCAAAAUAUGACUCGUCUGGAAAAGUCGACCACACUCCUUGUCAGACAUGGAUUACGUCAUGUGGUGUUGUUAUGUUUGGGGCGGGGGGCAUUUUCUUUUAAGCCAUGAUGUAACUCAUGUUUGAUGAAUGCUCUGAAAUUUGCCUUUUUUUUUGUUUUUUUUGUCGAGCAGAUAAUUGUAAAGAAAAGUAACAGGAGUAUGAGCUGGUUGGAAAAACCUGUGACAUCUGGUUGUUGGGCAACCAUGUAAGUUUUCUAUUUGUGAAAAGAUAACACAACUUUUUAUCAACUUUUCCAUGGAGGGCUGUUUGUCCUCGAUGUAAUACUCUGUAGAGGAGAGGACUUUUGUACAUAACGGUGUAAAGUGACAUGUUGGCCCUGAUGUGAGGAUGUACAAUAAUUAUUUUGCUAUGACAACAGAUGUGUUGCUAAAUACAGAGUUAUAAAUGAGAAUUUCUUCA